AUGGAACCUGAAAAACAUCCAAAUUCCGACACAAAUUCAAGCCAAGAAAGUGAUCGGGCUGAGGAGAAAAUCAAUGAUGAUGACAACACCGGUGUUGGAAGAUCAUACGAGUGUAAUUUCUGCAAGCGCGGCUUCACCAACGCACAAGCUUUAGGAGGACAUAUGAAUAUACACAGGAAAGAUAAAGCCAAGGCGAAGCAGAAAGCACAAGAGGGAUCUUCAAUUCAGAAUAAAUAUUCGAAUGAAGAUCAUUUGGAUUCAAGAUUUUUCCCUCCAAUUCCAACCAGUGAUCAGCAUCAAACAAACAAUUAUUUUGCCCCAGGAGUGGACUAUCAAGUCUACUUGCCCUCAGCAAACCCUAAUUUGGCUCAUGAUCUUCAUCAGAAUUAUUUGGCAGCAGUUUGGAGGCAAGAACGUUUUAAUCUUCUCGAGGAUAACAAGGAUGCAAACCUCAGCCUGAGGAUUGGUCCCCCACCUACUAUUAAUCAAAACGAAGAUGGAAUGAACGAAAAUGAGAAGGAAAAUGAAGUGGAUUUGGAGCUUCGUCUGGGGCACGAUCCAUGA